UGAGAACAUUAGCAGGUAACACCAACCUAUUGUCUCUUUGAACAGAAGCCACCAUCUGUGCCUCGGUGCCAAGCAUCAGUGAGGAGGAAGUCAGGGCAGCAGCCAGUGGGGACCAUUCCACCUGUCACGUGACAUUGGCCCAGUAUGCCUGCAUCCCGAGGUCAUGGCCGCGGGUCUGGAAGGAAGAUUUUCUGAUAUCCUUAUAUCCUUGCCUGGUGGCCAGUGGUCUGCCCAGUGACCUGGAUCCUGUAUACUCCACCCUGCUCUUCUCCAAAAUUGACCUCUCUGUUCUUAAGACUGCACUGGAGAGGUUUUCCCAGCAGUUCUCUCCAGUGGUGCUCUCACACCAGUGGUCAGGGGUGUUAUUUAAUGGCCUAUGGGGGAGGCUGGGGCCAGCAUUCCAGGCCAGGGAAGCCCAGGCCACAUGGUCGCAGUGGCUGUCCCAGCUCCAGCCCUUCCUCCUGUACCCCGAAGCAUUCAACUGCCUGGCUGCCCAGAACACAUCCUGCGAGACUUUCCACAGCCUCACCUCAGCCCUGAAUGACAUCUACUCAAGCCUGGCAGAGGAGAAGCAGAGGAAGAUUUUCGAAGGCAUGAUGGCCUUUCUCCUGCAAGAGGACUCUGGGACCCACUGUCAGGAUGAGGCUGUGCCAGGCCUAAACUCAUCAUCCUGGUUGGCCAAUUACCUGGGCUUCUUCCUGGAACAUGCCACUGAGGAGGAACUCAAGAGAUUGGUAGAUGAACCCAAGCUCCAGAUGUUAGCAAGAGAUUCUGCCACCCUUCACCUGGUUAGCCAGCUCCACCUGAUGCCAGACCUAGCCAACUUUUAUGCAGCACUACUCACCUCCCCACCUAGCCUCAACCUCUCCAGCAUCCCAGAUACCCUCAUCUGUCACCUCAGUCCAGAGGCCUUGAGAAACAUAGAGGUUGAAGAUGCCCUUGCCCUGGCCCAAAGACUCAACGAGGUUUGCUUUAACCUACCUCCACAGCUUGACGGAAACAAGUCAGUUCCUGAACUGCCCUCUUGGGAGGCCGUACAGGUGGCAUCUGGGCUGCUGAGUAGCUUUGGGAACUUUUCAGAAGCUGUGCUGCGCAAACUGGGUCAGACAGCCCUAGGACUGUCAGUGUCACAGAUUGAGGGGCAGAUCAGCAGCCAGGACCUAGUGGCUGCUCUGCCCACCCUGGCCCAGGUGAGGGCUUGGAGCCCUGCGCAGUCUCGCACCCUUAUCCACAAACUCUUGGACUCUGGCUAUAAGGUCUUGGAUGGCCAGAGUCUAGCAGCCCUGGGAAGCCUGGUGGGUGGCCUCAGUAGUGCUCGGCUCCAGAGCCUGGCCCCAGAUGUAGUCUUGGAAGCUGUGAAGGAGCCAGAAUUUGCUCAGCAUCUUACCCACAUCCCACCCAUACUGAAAGCUGCAUUUGUGGACCAGCUGGCUUUGGCUGUUCCGAGCCCUGGUGCUCUGGUGCAGGCUGUGCCAGACACACUCACCGAGGCCAUCCCUCUUGCAAUGCUGGCCUUCAGCCCUGAUGACCACCCCAGAUUCGAUGACCUUAACAGCCGAAGAUGGACCCGAGUACAGGCGGCCAUGUUUUUCGAUGAAGUGGUAAAGAACAUGUCUGACUUUAAUAGCCUCUCCCCUUAUAUUUUACAUGGCUUCACAUGUGCGUCAGCCUCUAACCUGGAUGUGGAGCAAGUCCAGCGCCUGGCCAAGGUCAUGGAAAGGAAGAACGUCACACUAGGGGCAGAGCAGCUGAGCUGUCUGGCCAAGAGAGUCACUGAAGACGGCAUUCCUGAGGACCUGGACAGCUACCCCAGGGACAUGCUGCUGUUUCUAAGCCCUUCUGCCUAUACAAAGACUGGAGACUGCAAAAAGUUCUUCAUUCGGGUGGGAGAGUCCAACCAGGAUGUUCUCCAGAAAGAUUCACCUCUGAGAUCAAAACUGCUAUCGGAGGCCCUGACUUGUCUGGGCAUUUGGGGCACACAAGUCAGUGAGGAGGACAUUCGCAUCCUGGGCUGGUUGGCCUGUGACCUGGACGGACGCUACAUAGACAACUCUUCAGAGCUACUCUUGCCUCGGUUGGAGCAGUGCGGUGGCCCCUUUACCCCUGACCAGAAGGAGGCUGCCAAUCUGGCCCUGCGCUCUAAUGAUUCUCCAUAUGGACCCCCCUCCAGAUGGUCAGUAUAUACCCUGAAUGCUCUCCGGGGGCUGCUGCCGGUUUUUGAUAAGUACAUCAUCCAGAACAUCCCCCAGAAUGUUGUGACUUCCUGGCUGAGACGUACCCUCCCAGACCCCUCCUGGGCCAGGCAGAAUUUGAGAACCUUCAUCCAAAACCUCCAAUCUUCCCGAUAUAGACGGGCUGUGACUCAGUGCCCGAAAGGGGAGAUCACAGAGAUAAACGAAGAGCUCGUUAUUUACUCAGAGGAGAAGCUGCAGGAGUGUCUGAAUGCGUCGGUGCUGGCAGCCAACAUAGACAAAAUAAAGAACUUCCCCUUCACCUACGAGCAGGAAAGGAUCUUCAAGGCCAAACUGGAUGAGCUCUACCCAAAAGGGUAUCCUGAAUUUGUGAUCAGUAACCUGGGUAAUCUUGUUAGACUGGUUACCCCUGAGGAAAUCAGGAAGUGGAAGGUGACGUCUGCAGACACUCUGAGAACCCUGCUCAAAACCAGCCAUCGAAAUGAAGAUUUGGAUAUGGAAGUGAUUAAUAGCUACGUCCAGGCGGGGAGCCCCCUCAAUGCCACCUUCCUGAACGCCGUUGGUUCCAAAUACCUCUGCCGUCUGACUGAUGAGCAGCUCAGUACCGUAGAGCCAUCCGCACUCAGAAUGGCCAACCCCUUGAACCCAUCUGCCUGCUCCCAGUCACAGAAGAAUAUCCUCUACCCAAAGGCCAAGACUGCCUUCCAAGAGAUGCCGUUCCCAGUAUACUAUGUGCUAAUCAAGCCUUAUCUAGGUGGAGUCACGACGAAAGAUCUUAAAGAACUCAGCCAAAAGAAUGUUAACAUGGACAUAGAAACAUUUAAGAAACUACCAGAAAAAGUCAUCAUGCCCCUGACACCAGAGGAAGUGCGUGGACUCCUGGGACAAAACCUAAUGAAGCUGAAGGCUGAGGAGAAGAACUCUCCAGUCCGGGGAUGGAUCGUCAAGCAGCAACAGGAGAAGCUGGAUGCCUUGGGCAUUGGGCUCACUGGGGGGAUCCCCAAUGGCUACAUUGUCAUCAGCCCCAGGAACAAAAAUUAGACGUCAGUCUUCCUGCUUGGGGGGCAGGUGGGGGUGGGGAACUGAAUAGGGCUUUGGCCCUCUCUCAUUCCAGGAAGCUGUAAAAAUAAAAGAAAUACUUUUAACUCUG